CGCAGUGCCAUCGGAAUCAGUGCCCGCGACAACGCAACGGAGAUCGCGCGUCCGAGUCCGCCGGAAGAUUAACGACAUUAAUUGCUAAUCCCCCCCUGGACUCCGGAAAAAUGCCCCCGAUCAUGGGCAGGAAUGGAUCGCUCCUGCUCCUCGCCUUACUCGCGAUCAUCCUGGAACUCUUCACCUCGGUGGAUGCCAAUCUGUGGACGAGGUACAACAGCAAUGCCUACCAGACGAGGAGGCGCUCGGGCCCCAGUAACCAGUGUCCCCAGGUGGGUGCCAUAAGGAACUUCGAUCUGGAGCGGAUGAUGGGCUGCUGGUACGUGGUGCAGUACUAUGCCUCCACGGAGGAGAUGCCGGAAUACGCUUGCAUGCGCAGUCACUUCUCCUUCUCCAAGGAAGAUCAACACAUAACCAUGAACUUCAGCUACAUAUUCGCGGAGGACCCGCUGCGCGAGAAGCUGGUUGGCAACAUCACCUGGAUGAUACCCAGAUUCGAGGAGCCGGGCCACUGGCAGCACACGGAGGAUAUUUACGAGGGCAUCUACAACACGUACGUCCUGGACACGGACUACGACACCUGGGGCCUGGUGAUGCACUGCGCCGAGAAGAAGAAGCAGCCGCGCUACCUGUCCGCCCUGCUCCUGGCCCGGAAGCCGGCCCUGGCCGACAACGAGAUCAGCUUCCUGCGCGGCAAGUUGCCGCAGGACAUCGACGCGUCCUUCAUGUUCGACAUCGGGCAGGAGUCCUGCGACCACCUGAUGGAAUCCAGCCAGGACGAUCCGCUGGCCUACGUGAUAAACGGCCGCCAGAAGGCCAAGGAAAUAUUCAAAAUUGUCAACAAGCUGUGACGGUAAACUAAUCACUCAGCUAAAAACGUACUAAUGUGUAUACUUAUCCAAAACUUUUUAUAAAUGAUUUUUUUUUAAAUAUAUAUUUUUAAACAUUUGUGUAA